UUUGCAAAUUGCAACAGAAGAUAGAUCAAAUGGAGAUAGAUGCCAAUGCCAUUGACUCAGUCUUUGCAAAAUUGGAUCAAAUGGAGGUUGAUAAUGACAUACAUACUGAAAGUUCAGUAAAUUCUCCAAACAAUUAUGCAAAACCAGAGUCUUUCAAGCAUCGGGUUGAUGACAUUUCCAUAAAAGUUGAAAAGCUUCGGCAAAGAGUGGAUGCGAUAGAGCUGUCGAGUACAGCUGAAAGUAGCUCAGCUGUGAAGCACAAAGAGAAAAAUAUCCAAAGUAUUUUGAAGAAGCAGCAGCUGGAUAUCCAAAUUAUUAAGAAGAAGCAGCAGCAGGAUGCUUGGGAAGCAGCUGCUGAGAAGAGAAUGCAAAAACUUAUGCACCGCUUUGGCUCAAUAUUUCGUCAGAUUAGAAAACAUCAGUACGCAUGGGUCUUUGCUUGCCCUGUAGAUGCAGAACGUCUUGGUUUACAUGACUAUUACAAGGUUAUUGAGAAGCCAAUGGAUUUCCGAACAAUUGAUAAUCGAAUGAAAGCCAACGGAUAUAAAAACGUUCGGGAGAUGUGUGCAGAUAUGAGGCUAGUUUUCGAAAACGCGAUGAAAUAUAAUGAUGAGAGACAUGAUGUUCAUGUUAUAGCCAAAAUUUUGCUGGAGAAAUUUGAGGAAAAGUGGCUGAAGCUUCUUCCUGAAGUUGUUAUUGAAGAGGAAAGAUGGCUAGGACUGGGGGACGCAUGCAGCAGCAAUGUGAAAAUGUAGCUUGCUGAAGAGUUUUUUUAAUUAAUUUGUUUUUCUUGGGUUUUUAUAUUCUUUUUCCACAAUUAUAUUUUUUUCCUGGUCAAUUAUAGACAGUUUUAAAAAAAAAAAUUAUUAUUAUAAAAUAAAUACGAUAUUAAAAUUUUCGUUGGUCACACUAAACUUAUUUAUUUAUUUUAAUUUUUAAUCAAAGUGUGUAUGGACACUAAGCUUAAAUAGUCAAAAUUGGUGUAUCUGUCUAAUUAUUUUAUCU